AUGCGCAUUCUGUCGGCCCCAGGAUCAUCCUCACCAUCAUCAUGCUACCGCCGCCUGCUGUGGGGGUGGAGGAGGGGGAGGGGUCGUUCACACCGAAUUGCUUCUUUAACCUCUCUACGCUGUAAAUCGUCCCGAACAGGUGGUGCUGCCCCCUCCGCCCGGAGUUACCCCUCGCCGUCUUCGUCUUCGUCCUCCCGCACCACCGCCGCUGCAGACACUCCACCAAUGAACAGCAGCACAAACCUCAAGAUCGGCCUCGGCGCCCUCGUCACCGCAACCGUCCUCGUCACAUUCUACCAGACGCAAUCCCGCCGGCGCAAAUCCCCCGGGCUGCAAUGCGACAGCACCACCGAGUUCCCCGCGCUCGUCAAAGUCACGCCUGACCUCUCCGCGCAGCUCCAAGCCGAGCAGGAAUCCGUCAAGCCGCUCCCGGCGCCGGACCCCUCCGACCAAUCGGUCGCUGCCGCGGCCGCCGCUGAACAGGAAGACGCAUCUUCAGACUACCAGUGGCUCAACUUCUCGUCCAAACUGCUGGCCGCAAAGGAGAGCAUCAUCAGCAUCGAGUGGGGCAAGCUCACGGACCUCACCCACGUCUUCCCGACAUGGGCCGUCGGACUGCCAGAAUGGAUUACAAAGCUGCAGCGCGAACUUAAUAUGGAGCCUGGCUCGCUGGCUGGCACGCUCUGGGAGGAGGCGAAGGACCCAAAGAUCACGCCCGAGAUCGAGUGGGAUGCGCGCGUUCGGCAAGGGAAGGACCUCUGCGCGGAGGAGCAGGAAUUCCUUGCCCGCCGGCGCGCGCACACGAAGAAGGCGCUCGCCAGCUAUCUAGGUGUCCCCGAGGCGGAGAUCCAUGAGGACGACGUACCGGUGAUCGCGAUCACGGGGAGCGGUGGUGGGCUCCGCGCGAUGGUUGCGGGGACGGGGUACUACCGUGCGCUGACGCGGGCGGGACUGUAUGACUGCGCAACUUACACGGCGGGUGUGUCCGGGAGCUGUUGGCUGCAGGCGCUGUAUCUGACGAGUAUUGGUGACUGUAAUUUUGACAAGGUGCUGCAGCAUAUCAGGGAGCGCAUCUGUGUGCAUAUUGCGUAUCCGCCCAAGGCGCUGGAGCUGCUGACGGCGCCGCCGGUCAACAAGUAUUUGCUCAGAGGUGUGGUAGAGAGGCUGCGGACGGGAUAUUCGUCUUUCGGGCUGGUGGAUUUGUAUGGCCUGCUUCUGGGCGCGAGAUUGUUGGUGCCAAGUGAGGAGACAAAGGUCAAUGAUCAGGAUCUCAAGUUAAGUAAUCAGAAACGCUAUCUAGAGAACGGCGAGCAGCCAUUGCCGAUCUAUACGGCGGUCCGCCAUGAGAUUCCAUUUGUAGGCGGGGAGAACGAGAAGAACGAGAGUAUCACGGAGGAGGUCAAGGAGAAGGCUAGUAAAUCCGGUGAAGCCUGGUUUCAGUGGUUUGAGGUAACUCCAUUCGAGUUUUUCUGCGAAGACCUAGAAGCCGGCAUCCCAACCUGGUCUAUGGGCCGCCGCUUCGAGGACGGCGUCAAUGUCGACCGUGAAGUGCCAGAAAUGAAACUCCCGCUACUAUUCGGCAUUUUUGGAUCUGCGUUCUGUGCGACGCUGAGCCAUUACUAUGCUGAGAUCCGCCCAUUUGUCACGUCGAUCAAUCUAUUUCUGGCACUCGACAAAAUGGUGCUCGAGAGAAACAACGAUCUGAGCAAAGUCCAUCCUAUCGACCCCGCGCAGAUGCCAAAUUUUGUCAAAGGCUUAAAGGAUUCGCUGCCUGAUACGUGUCCAGAGUCUUUGUACGAGUCAGAGGGCAUGAAGCUGAUGGAUGCAGGCAUGUCUAACAAUCUUGCAUGCUACCCGCUUCUCCGCCGCGGCCGCAACGUCGAUAUUCUCCUGGCAUUCGACUCCUCGGCCGACAUUCAGACCGCCAAUUGGCUCGGUUUCGCCGAGGGUUACGCAAAACAGCGCAAAGUCCAAGGCUGGCCCGUGUCCAUUGGGUGGCCCAAGGAAGAGGAUUCCGACUCGACCAUUCUAGAGGAACUAGAGGGUGCGCAGGCACAUUCAACCUCAGAGGCGAAAGAGAAGCUCGAGGAAGCGCAGAGGGAGGAUGAGGAGGCCGAAGCUAGCAAGUCACCUGCCACAAGGACGGAAGAGGAAAGAAAAAAGAGUGCGCUUGGAUACUGUACCGUUUGGGUUGGAAGCAAGGAGGAGAGGAGCACCGAUGAGGAGCCGCCCCCAAGUAAGGCCGUGGAGGAGGAUUGGGAGUUGAUGGAUCCAGAUGCUGGGAUUACCGUUGCUUAUUUCCCACUCAUUCCAAACGAGAAAGCUCCUGGCGUGGAGCCCGAACGGUCGCCUUAUCUCUCAACAUGGAAUUUCGAGUGGACACCGGAAGAGGUUGACAAGACGGUAGCCUUAGCGCAAGCAAACUUCGACGAAGGUGCCGAUAAAGUUAAGAGAACAGUCAGGGCAGUUUAUGAGAGGAAGAAACGGUUGAGGUUGAAGAGAGAGGCAGAAAAGAGUGAAGCAGACCACGAAGAGACUCAGAGGAGGCAUAGUAUUCAUGAUCAUUUCUCAUGA